AUGCUAGCGCAAACCCUCGCCUUCGUCACCUUCAACAAAGUAGUCACAUCCCAAUAUUUCCUCUGGUACACGUGUCUGCUACCGCUCUAUCUCUCCACCCCUUCCUGCACACUCGUUCGAUCUCCACGCGUUGGGGUGCUGGCUGCGGCGCUGUGGAUCGCUACUCAAGCAUUUUGGUUACAGCAGGCGUUUGAGCUUGAGUUUUUGGGUAUCAGUACUUUUGUGCCUGGAUUGUGGGUGGCGAGUUUGUUGUUCUUUGCGACGAAUGUUUGGAUUUUGGGCAUUAUUGUGCGGGAUGUUGGACGAGGAGCAGCAGCUGUUUAG